AUGGCAUCCGAGAGCUUUGGCUUCCAGGCCGAGAUCAGCCAGCUGCUCGACCUCAUCAUCAACACCUUCUACUCCAACAAGGAGAUCUUCCUCCGUGAACUCAUCUCUAACGCGUCCGAUGCCAUCGACAAGAUUCGGUACGCGUCCCUCACGGACCCCUCCGUCCUUGACUCGGGCAAGGAUCUUUUCAUCCGCAUCACCCCCGACAAGGAGAACAAGAUCCUCACCCUCCGCGAUACCGGUAUCGGUAUGACGAAGGCCGACCUCGUCAACAACCUCGGUACGAUCGCGAAGUCCGGCACAAAGGGCUUCAUGGAGGCGCUUCAGUCCGGCGCCGACAUUUCCAUGAUUGGCCAGUUCGGUGUCGGUUUCUACUCUGCGUACCUCGUCGCCGAGCGCGUCCAGGUCAUCUCGAAGCACAACGACGACGAGCAGUACAUCUGGGAGUCUGCCGCCGGUGGCACCUUCACCAUCACCCCCGACACCAUCAACCCCCCUCUCGGGCGUGGUACCGAGAUCCGUCUUUACCUCAAGGAGGACCAGCUCGACUACCUCGAGGAGAAGCGGAUCAAGGAGAUCGUCAAGAAGCACUCCGAGUUCAUCUCCUACCCCAUUCAGUUGGCGGUCACCAAGGAGGUCGAGAAGGCAAGUGUCGAGGACGAUGAGGAGGUGAAGGAGGACAAGGAGGAGUCUAAGAUCGAGGAGGUCGAGGACGACGAGGACAAGAAGGACAAGAAGAAGAAGACGAUCAAGGAGAAGCAGACCACGAACGAGGAGCUCAACAAGACCAAGCCUCUCUGGACGCGGAAUCCCUCGGAGAUCACCCCCGAGGAGUACGCUGCGUUCUACAAGAGCUUGACUAACGACUGGGAGGAGCACCUCGCGGUAAAGCACUUCUCCGUCGAGGGUCAGCUCGAGUUCAAGGCCAUCCUCUACGCGCCCAAGCGGGCACCCUUCGAUCUCUUCGAGUCGAAGAAGAAGCGCAACAACAUCAAGCUCUACGUUCGCCGCGUCUUCAUCAUGGACGACUGCGAGGACCUCAUCCCCGAGUACCUCAACUUCAUCAAGGGUAUCGUCGACUCCGAGGACCUGCCUCUGAACAUCUCGCGUGAGACGCUCCAGCAGAACAAGAUCCUCAAGGUCAUCCGCAAGAACCUUGUCAAGAAGUGCCUCGACCUGUUCACCGAGAUCUCGGAGGACAAGGACAACUUCAACAAGUUCUACGAGUCGUUCGGCAAGAACAUCAAGCUCGGUGUCCACGAGGAUGCCCAGAACCGCAGCAAGCUUGCCGAGUUCCUGCGCUUCUACUCGACGAAGUCCACCGAGGAGAUGACCUCCCUUAAGGACUACAUCACUCGCAUGCCGGAGGUCCAGAAGAACAUCUACUACCUGACCGGCGAGUCGCUCUCUGCCGUGAAGGACUCUCCCUUCCUCGAGGUGCUCAAGAAGAAGGGCUUCGAGGUUCUUCUCCUUGUCGACCCCAUCGACGAGUACGCGAUCACGCAGCUCAAGGAGUUCGACGGCCACAAGCUCGUCUGCGUCUCAAAGGAGGGCCUCGAGCUCGAGGAGACCGACGAGGAGAAGAAGGCGCGCGAGGAGGAGGCCACGCAGUUCGAGGACCUCUGCAAGGCCGUCAAGGAGGCGCUCGGCGACAAGGUCGAGAAGGUCGUCGUCUCGAACCGUAUCACCGACUCUCCUUGUGUCCUCGUCACCGGCCAGUUCGGCUGGUCGUCGAACAUGGAGCGUAUCAUGAAGGCGCAGGCCCUCCGUGACUCGUCGAUGUCGUCGUACAUGGCGUCGAAGAAGACGCUCGAGCUCAACCCCCACAACCCCGUCAUCAAGGAGCUCAAGCGCAAGGUGUCCGAGGACAAGGCGGACAAGUCCGUCCGCGACCUCACGUACCUGCUCUUCGAGACCGCGCUCCUCACCUCCGGCUUCUCGCUCGACGACCCCACGUCGUUCGCGAAGCGCAUCCACCGCAUGAUCGCGCUCGGCCUCGACGUCGACGAGGACGAGGAGUCCGCACCCGCCGCGUCGUCGAGCACGGAGGCCCCCGUAUCGACGGAGGCCGCGUCGAGCUCGGCGAUGGAGGAGAUCGACUAG